AUGUCUAAACCGCGGGAUGACCCAGCAGUGGGCAAGCCUUCGGUCCAAUCUCAAGCGCAAACCGUCAGCCUCUUGAGCAACCCACACGCAAGCAUCAGUCUCAGCAGCAGGCGACGCAGCUCCCCCGUGGCGCCUCUGCAGCGAUUCGACUCGCUCAACAAGACUGCAAAUUUCUGCACAACCACAGUCGCCGUCAUCUCACCACCGCCCACUCCCCACUCGCCUCGUUCUGCCAACAAGCGGGACACGCUGGCCCUGCCGCUGCGGCUGCGCAGCAACUCUGGCCUGUCGCUGCACACGAACUCGGCCGCGUUCAGGCAGUACACCGACUACAGCAACCUGGACGGGUCGCCCAUCACGCCAAGCUUCUUCAACCAGGACAACACCACCACCUUUGCCAUCGACUCGGCGUUUAGGCCGCGGACGGGCCGGCAGGACGCGGCUGGCGGCGGUGAGGCGGCUUUGACGUCGUCUAAUCCGUACAGGAACAGCAAGAGGGAGAGCGUGGCGAGCGUGCUGACCUCGGCGCCUUCGAGGACGGGGUCAUGUCCGGUGCUGUGCGUGCCGGAAUUCUUUACCAAGGAUGUCAUCCAGAUUGUGCUGCAGAGCCAGACGACGUUUGACAGGUUGAUGUGGUACGCCGAGAGGCACAAGUCGACGGACGGAAUGGAGUUUCUAGCCAAGCUCAAAGAGUACCAACAAUCCGUAAACAGCGUCACGGCCAGCCUAUCGCGCAUCAGCACAGAAAACACGUCCUUCGCAGCCACGACGCCGCUGCACCUCCCGUCCAGCACGUCGCGCCACCUCAACGCCGACGUCAAGCACAUCACCGCCUCGGUGCUCCCGGCGCUCGAGAACGUGUUCCGCGACGCCAAGGCUCACGUCGAGCAGCGCAUCGUCCGCGACCUCUACCCGGGCUUCGUCAAGAACCAGCUCUCGCUCGCCACCGAGGCCGCCCUCGCCACCGCCAACAGGGGCUCGUUCCAGUCCCGCUUCCCGGGCCUGGCCACGUCCUUUUGCCUCACCGACCCGCUGCUGCCCGACAACCCGAUCGCGUUUGCGUCCGACGGCUUCCUGGGCCUGAGCGGCUGCCCGCGCGAGGAGGUCAUUGGUCAGAACUGCCGCUUCCUGCAGGGAGGCGGCCUGCAGAACCUCGGCGUCACGAGGGUCCAGAGCGCUGUCAGCGCGGGCAGCGCAGGUAGCGUGGGCAGCGUGGGCGAGCCGCCGAGUCACGCCGGAGAAGGCAAGGUCGAGACGGUGCUCAACUACGCCCGCGACGCCGACGGCAACCUCAAGCCCUUCUGGAAUCUGCUCUUCGUCUGCCCCCUGAGGACCAGCUCCGGGAGGAUCGCCUACCAUCUCAAUGCGCAGGUCAACAUAUCCGAGGCCGUAGGGUCCGACAAGGAGGUGCUCGAGAUACUGAGCGUGAGGCCAUCCGAGCCCGACAGGUUACCGCCUUUAACAUCAUCAUCGUCAUCUUCUUCUUCGUCGUCGUCGUCGCAGUCGUCAUCCCCCAUCCUCGGGCUCGCCCACUCCAUCACCGCCCCUUCCCCAUCCUGCACUGGCCGGUUCAACAGCCCCAGCCAGGAAUUCAUGGAAGCCGCACAACAAAAACAACAACAACAACAACCAAAGCGGCGCUCCACAACCCGCGGCUUCAGCUUCAUGAGCUUCCGCAAGAACCACAGCGCAGACUCGAGGGGAUCCCGCGCCCAGUCCCGCGCCUCCACCUUCCCCGAGCAGGCCUCAUCCUCCUACCCGGGCCCGGACCAACUCCACCCUCCACCUGGCUCCACGUCCGCCAGCUCCCGAAGCACAACGCCAAACACUAUAGCAUCGUCGACCCUAGACGCCACCGCCGCCGCCGCCGCCACGCAACCACCGCCAUCAUGCCCGGACCACCCGGGCCCCUACGCACGGCAGAUGGUGCUCGAGUACGCGGCGGACGACAAGGCGUCGCGGGGCAGCAGCAGCCAGCGGCACCAGCUGCGGUGCGCGUUCGCGUCGGCGGGCGCGCUGGCGGCGCUGGGACUGUCGUCGUCGACGGCCGAGAACGACGUGCGCGACCGAGACGUGUUCGACGUGCUGGGCGAGACGGUCGCCGUGCCCAAGACGGUGCGGCGGGGCAUCGUGGCCAAGGUCGCGGGCGGAGAGAGCGUCAGCGUCAGGCUGCGCGUGGGUGGCGGCGGCGGCGGCGGCGGGGCGGCGUUCCUGGGUUCUGCUGCUGCCACGCCGCCGCCGCCGCCGGGCUGUCACGGCGCUGCCGGCUCCGAUCUGCAGUGGAGCGUCGAGGCGGCGCUGGAGCGCCUGACGGACUGGAGGCAUGUGCAUCACUCGGCCGAUGACGCCUCGCGGCACGGGCGCGAGGUCGCCUUCCAUUGGACGCCGUUGAAGGACGCGACCGGCUGCGUGCGCUGGGUGGUGUUGAUCCUGGUGCCGGUGAGGGUAAGGAGGGCGACUUGA